UUCAGCUCGUGGGUGGCGAAUUUGACAUGGAAUUAAAUUUUGUCAUACAGGAUGCACAGAAUAUAAAACACAUGCUAGAAUUACUGGAUCAUUGUCCAUCUAACUUACAGGCUGAGAUCUGGAGUGUGUUUAUUGCGAUUUUACGCAAGAGUGUUCGCAAUUUACAGGCAUGCACGGACGUUGGAUUAAUCGAGCACGUACUUGUGAGACUGCAAUGCUCGGAAACGGUUGUGGCAGAUUUGCUUAUCGAGAUGCUUGGUGUCUUGGCCAGCUACAGCAUAACAGUUAAAGAACUAAAAUUACUCUUCGGCACAAUGAAGGCGUUUAAUGGCAAAUGGCCACGUCACUCCGCCAAACUACUGAAUGUACUCCGUCAAAUGCCACAUAGAAAUGGGCCAGAUGUGUUCUUUAGUUUUCCAGGACGCAAAGGAUCGGCGAUGGUAUUGCCGCCGUUAGCUAAGUGGCCAUACGAAAAUGGUUUUACAUUUACGACGUGGUUUCGCCUGGAUCCAAUUAACUCUGUGAAUAUCGAACGUGAGAAGCCAUACCUUUAUUGUUUUAAAACAUCGAAAGGGAUUGGCUACACUGCCCACUUUGUUGGCAAUUGCCUUGUACUCACAUCGAUGAAAGUCAAAGGCAAAGGAUUUCAGCAUUGUGUAAAAUAUGAGUUCCAGCCAAGAAAGUGGUAUAUGAUUGCGAUAGUGUACAUAUAUAAUCGUUGGACAAAAAGCGAAAUAAAGUGCCUGGUAAAUGGACAAAUGGCGUCCAGUACUGAAAUGGCGUGGUUCGUUUCAACGAAUGAUCCAUUUGAUAAAUGUUAUAUUGGUGCCACGCCAGAAUUGGAUGAAGAACGCGUAUUUUGUGGUCAAAUGUCAGCAAUAUACCUAUUCAGUGAAUCACUGACUGCGCAUCAAAUCUGUGCUAUGCACCGCCUAGGGCCAGGAUAUAAGUCACAAUUCCGCUUCGACAACGAGUGCUACCUGAACCUGCCGGACAAUCAUAAAAGGGUGAGUCAAAUCAGCAGUACACAUGCAGAGCAAGAGGCUCAAGCCAUCGAUUGGGCAGAUGAAAAGCUUGAUCUGAAUGCAACAUUUGCUAAGAUACGCGCUGUUGUAGUAGCACGUAAUGCUUCCACAAAUGCUGUAUUGAAUGCCUUAGGGGGCGUGGUCGAUAAACAAGCACAUACAAAUACUACUCUUACUACUACUGCUACUACUCCCAGUACACCUACUACACCAACUACAUUACCAGCAAGUGCAACAGGCAAUGUCACUAGCGAAGGCACUAAAGUCGUUACUGAUCCUUUAAGUCAUUUGCCCACAGCAAAUGUGUCCUUUGAACAACUGAGACGGAGUUCAUUGAUAUCCAACGCCAGCGGCGAGUUAUCGAGAAGUUUUGCCGGCGAAACGGAAGAAAUUAAUCAGCUUAAAGCUGUAUUGUACGACGGCAAACUAUCGAAUGCCAUCGUCUUCAUGUACAAUCCUGUGGCAACCGAUGGUCAACUGUGUUUGCAGUCAUCCCCCAAAGGAAAUGUUUCAUAUUUUGUACAUACGCCGCAUGCACUUAUGUUACAGGAUGUUAAGGCUGUUGUUACACAUUCAAUACACUGCACACUAAAUUCCAUUGGUGGUAUACAAGUGCUCUUUCCGUUAUUUUCACAAUUGGAUAUGGCGCAUGAGGGCAUCAGCGAUAUCAAACGUGAUCCAAGUCUGUGUUCUAAGCUGCUGGGUUUCAUCUGUGAAUUGGUGGAAACAUCACAGACUGUGCAACAACACAUGAUACAGAAUCGUGGUUUCUUGGUAAUAUCCUUUAUGCUGCAGCGCUCCUCACGAGAACAUCUGACGCUCGAGGUUUUAGGCUCCUUUCUGAAUUUAACAAAAUAUUUAGUGACAUGUCUGUCCACGAAUAGUGAUUUGCUGUUGAAGCAGUUGUUUUGUUUCUCAUUUCUCACAUGGCAGUUGCUAGAUCAUGUGCUCUUCAAUCCGGCCUUGUGGAUUUAUACGCCAGCCAAUGUACAGGCGCGACUCUACUCAUAUCUAGCCACAGAGUUCCUUAGUGAUACACAAAUCUAUAGUAAUGUACGACGUGUUAGUACAGUACUCCAGACAGUGCAUACUCUCAAGUAUUAUUACUGGGUUGUGAAUCCACGCGCGAAGAGCGGCAUCAUACCAAAAGGUUUAGAUGGUCCUCGACCCGCACAAAAGGAUAUAUUGGCAAUACGCGCUUAUAUUUUAUUGUUUCUAAAACAAUUGAUCAUGAUUGGUAAUGGUGUCAAAGAGGAUGAAUUGCAAAGCAUUUUAAAUUAUUUGACAACUAUGCAUGAGGAUGAAAAUCUUCACGAUGUUCUGCAAAUGUUAAUUUCGCUUAUGUCUGAGCAUCCCAGUUCAAUGGUACCUGCAUUCGAUGUUAAACAUGGAGUUAGAAGUAUUUUUAAGUUAUUGGCCGCCGAAAGCCAGUUGAUACGUUUACAAGCUCUUAAAUUACUUGGUUUCUUCUUAUCCCGCAGCACACAUAAACGAAAGUAUGAUGUUAUGUCACCGCACAAUUUAUAUACGCUAUUAGCUGAACGUCUGCUGCUGUAUGAAGAGUCCUUGUCAUUGCCAACAUACAAUGUGCUUUAUGAAAUUAUGACAGAACAUAUAUCACAACAAAUUUUGUAUACGCGACAUCCCGAACCAGAGACCCACUAUCGCUUAGAAAAUCCAAUGAUUUUGAAAGUCGUUGCUACACUUAUACGUCAAUCAAAACAAACAGAGUCACUCAUCGAUGUGAAAAAGCUUUUCCUGUCCGAUAUGACUUUACUUUGUAAUAGUAAUCGUGAAAAUCGUCGUACUGUCUUACAGAUGUCAGUUUGGCAAGAGUGGCUGAUAGCAAUGGCCUACAUACAUCCCAAGAAUACAGAAGAACAGAAGAUCUCCGACAUGGUAUAUUCUCUAUUUCGUAUGUUACUGCAUCAUGCCAUCAAGCAUGAAUACGGUGGUUGGCGCGUUUGGGUAGAUACAUUAGCGAUAGUACAUUCUAAAGUUUCAUAUGAAGAAUUCAAGCUACAAUUUGCGCAAAUGUAUGAACAUUACGAACGACAACGCACAGACAACAUUACAGAUCCCGCAUUGCGACAAGCGCGCCCCAUAAGCACAAUCAGUGGUUGGGAGCGUGAGGAACAACAUCAACUGCAGCACCAGCAUAAAGAGCAUCAACAACUUGCUGCCGUUAAAGACUCAAUUUCAGUUGCCUCAUUAGAAGAUGUACCACCAGUGGAAGAAGAAGUUGAAGGUGAAGAUACUGAGGUAAUCAUACAAGAAGUGAACGAGGUAGAAGAGGAACAUAAAAGAGUGACAUGUGCCUGCACUGAUGAAAAUAGUAGUGACUCUGUUAAACAGAAUGUUCCAGAGAAAGAAACUGAACUGGAAAAUAAAGUGAUGGAAUCUACGAAAUCAACAAUAUCAAAUAUAUCUGAUGUCUAUAAUGAGCACAUUAAAUCAGAAGUCAUAGUUACCGCAGUUAACUGCAAUGGUAAUGCCUCCUCUACCUCUACUGCUACGAGUGCGACAAGCUCUCCAACCAAACUAAGCCCGCAGGAAGCACUACAGCAGACUUUAAACAUUGCACAUGAAGAUAUUGAAGAACUAGAACUAGCAACUCUAACAGACACCCUCGAUGCCGAAGAGCACAUAAAACAAGUACUGAGCACUUCAGAGCAAGCACUACAAGACUGUAAAUUAGUUGCAGAUGAACUGCAAGAAUCAUCUUCAGUGCUUAAGGAUGAAGAAAUCGAGCUGGCUGUAAACGAGGUGGUUCAAGGUGUUUUGAAAAAUGAAAAGAAGCAAUCAAAAGAGCCGUCCGCAGUCGACACUGCUCAAAACGAUAACGACAAUGUUAGCCUUUUGAAUAGUAAAAACUUGCUGAACAACAACACCGAUGAAGUAACAGAAACUAUAGAGCUUAUAGCUAACAAAAAUGAAAUCGAUAAUACCACCGCCCUAUUAGAGACACCGGUAAUUGAUACACAAAAGACUGAAGUAACACAAAAUGAAGAGAACACGCUAAACAACAAUAACACAAACGAAAGAAGUACAGAGUUAACAAUAAUAGCCAAUAUGCCGAAAGAAGAUGAAAUGGACGUUAGUUCGUCCCUUUCUACAACAAUUGAGACAACGGAAGAAAUAACCUCCAUGAGCCCUGAAACAACAGUAUCAAGUGCGUCCAUAACGGAAGACAAUCUGCUAAACCUUCAGGACGAUGCAGAUAUCAAGGAAGUGGAAACAGUCGUGAGAGAUGUAUUAGAUACAGUUAUAGACAGUGUAAUAGACGCGAUAGUUGUAGAUGAAAUCAAGGAGAAAAAUAAUAAUGAAAUAAAAGAAAAUGAUGGAAGUAAUACAGAUACCGUAGCAGCGGAAGCUGUUGCUGCGCCAGAAAAGGAAGUAGCAAAGCAAAUUGUAGAUGAUGUCCUAUUAACUGCACUAGAGCAAACAAAUAAUAUUACAGAUGAAGGUAUUUUGAACGAUGUUGACAAAGUAGAAACUGAAGUAGAGAAUAUAGUCGAAGCCAAUGAAAGUAAAGAAGUUGUUACAGAUAUAGUUGACACUAUAGUAGAGAACUUAGUUGAUUGCACCAUAAAUGAUUUGAAAGAGCAAAAAGCAGUAGUGGAAACAAUCACAUUAGAAGAAACUGAAAUGUUAGAACCAACUGAAAAUUUGAUUGAAACAGAAAGCAUAGUAAACCCAGAACUGGAUGCCAAACCAGCAUUUGUUAGAGAAGUUGAUUCCACUACACAAACUACACCGAAAAACUAUGCGAAUGACAGCAAUGGUUUGGAAAUGAAUCAAGUUGUCGAAAUAGUCCAACAAACAGAGGAAGAGACCCAAACCACACAAGAAGAACUUCAAGAAGAACAUUCAGAUGCGACGACGGAUCGUAAUGGCCAGCAACAGACUGCGAGCACACAAGUCGAAAAUAAUCACUUUGAAAACAAACAACAACGUUCAAAAUCAGGUUCAACACGACCUAUGUUCAGUCCCGGACCCACGCGUCCACCCUUCCGCAUACCAGAAUUCAAGUGGUCCUAUAUACAUCAGCGUUUGCUAUCGGAUGUGCUCUUCUCACUGGAAACUGACAUACAAGUGUGGCGUAGUCAUUCGACUAAGAGCGUUUUGGAUUUCGUUAACUCCAGCGAAAAUGCUAUUUUUGUCGUCAACACAGUGCAUUUGAUAUCGCAACUGGCGGAUAAUUUGAUAAUCGCUUGUGGUGGUUUAUUGCCACUACUGGCGAGUGCUACAUCUCCAAAUUCUGAACUCGAUGUACUGGAACCCACGCAAGGCAUGCCGCUUGAAGUUGCCGUUUCAUUUCUACAGCGUCUCGUCAAUAUGGCGGAUGUGUUAAUAUUUGCGACUUCAUUAAAUUUCGGCGAGCUGGAAGCUGAAAAGAAUAUGUCCAGUGGCGGAAUAUUGCGACAAUGUCUGCGUUUGGUAUGCACGUGCGCAGUCCGUAACUGUCUUGAAUGCAAGGAACGUAGUCGUUACACUGUUGGUGCAAUAACGCGUGAUAUGCCCGGAGCAGCACAUUUACAAGCACUGAUACGUGGUGCACAAGCUUCGCCUAAGAAUAUUGUUGAGUCAAUAACAGGUCAAUUAUCCCCAGUCAAGGAUCCGGAGAAAUUAUUACAGGAUAUGGACGUUAAUCGUUUGAGAGCGGUUAUAUACCGUGAUGUGGAGGAAACAAAACAGGCUCAAUUCCUUUCACUAGCAAUUGUUUAUUUUAUUUCUGUUCUGAUGGUCUCAAAGUACAGAGACAUAUUGGAACCACCUGCAGAACCACAGAUACAACGUCAAUCACCAGUGAUGCAGCGUACAACUGGCGAACCCCCAGCUCGUCCCUUGUUUCCUCAAUGGUCGCAUCAUGUAUAUCCACAAUUUUUGCCUGGUUCACAUCAAAAUCAUGUAGCAGCUACAACAACUGCAACAAAUAUGCAACAUCAGCAACAACAACAACAACAGCAGCAACAUUAUUAUCAACAACAACAACAACAACUUGCCUCGCCACCACACCAACAAUUACAACAGCAACAGCAUAAUCUCAAUCAUCAUCAUCACCCACACCAAACAUACUAUCAGCAACAUAAUCACUUGAAUAGCAAUCAUUAUGCUGGCAACAUCUCACCGCCGCUAGCAACACAAUCAACAAGUUCCUCAACAUCAUCCUCAGCAACAUCACAACCAGCCUCCUCCUCAUCGCUAUCGAGUUUAGCCUCACAACCACAUCAUCAUCAGCAACAACAACAACAGCAGCAGCAACAACAACAACAUCGACACGGACAAAAACAUCAUUAUCAUCAGCAACAACAAAAUACGAGCCACUUUAGUAUGAUAAACAACGCGAAUCAAAUGCUUAAUGGGAAAAUGUCUAAUGCAGCAACAACAACAACAACGCAUAAUCACCAGCAACAUUUCAGUAGUAAUGCAGCAGGCGCAGCUGUUGCAACUGAUAUUAAUGGCUCCACUAAUGGUGGCUACCAUUAUAUGACACGACCUAUGCAUGGAACGGUGCAGCCGAUGAUGAAUGGCGGCUCACAUCAGAAUGGUGUUGUCGUGGAUUACCACACACACGGCAUGCUUAAUGGCGGCACUAACAAUAAUAGUAGUGGAAACCUUGGAAUCGGUGCUGGUAGCGUUGGUGCACCAAUGAUGAAUAAUAUGCGUAAUAUGCGUAAUGGUCAUGCAACAACGGCAACAACUGGUACUACAACUAUGGGCACUGGUCUGGGUGUAGGCGUUGGAGUAGGCGUUGGUGUCGGUGUCGGUGGUGGGUUGCCAUAUAAAAAUAAUGGCAUUAAUAACAAUUAUCGCUUUAAUGGACGCACAUCCGCUGGAACAGGCUCUCGUGCCAUACAAGAUGGUGACUACGAAAUAAUUGUAGUUGAUGAGAAUAAUCCGUCUGUGCUUGCAGAUAAUGAUUCGCAUUCGAGUGGACCUCCUUCAAUUAAGGUUGGACAGACGUUUAGUACAAAUACAACACAAUUUACAACAACGACUCCAACCACAACAACAACAAAUGCUUAUAACACCAAUACAACUUUAAAUACACCAACAACAACAACAAUGUCGACGAGUAGUAAAAUUAUAAAUAAAUUACAACAACAGCCCCUGUCACCACCCAAACCAGUGGUGCCACAAAAAUUGCCAAAGAGUGUUGACUCCGAUGUUGGCUCAUUGAAUAUGAAUUCAACUGAAAAUGAAGUUCCUGAAGUGGAGUCAUCGAGUGAAAUAAUGGUCGAUGACAACAAACCCACAAACUCGAAUGACGAAAGUUGGACAGAUGUCAAUUUAAAUGAAGAUGCCGGUGUACAAGCAAAUGUGGGUGGCAUGAUUGUAGGCAGCGGUGUUUCAUCGAAUGAUGUCAAAUUGCGUAGUCUUGAUGGCAUGCCACAUGCACCACAGCAGUCACAACAACAGCAAACACAGACACAUCAUCAUAGCGCAAAUGAACGUGGUGAUAAACCAGAUUCUGAAAUAUCUGUUGUGCGAGUACCGGACAAUUAUGGCUCUUCAUCUGGUGGUGCGACGAACAAUGGAAGUCAACGUACACGUCCCGAUGACUUGCCGAUGAAACCACAACUUGUAUCACAACUACCUAUGACUACACCGUCACGAGAGGCUAGCUUAACACAAAAACUAGAAGUAGCGCUCGGUCCAGUAUGUCCGUUGCUGCGUGAAAUAAUGGUUGAUUUUGCACCGUUCCUUUCGAAAACUUUGGUAGGCUCACACGGCCAGGAGUUGCUAAUGGAAGGCAAAGGCCUAACUACAUUUAAGAAUUCACAGUCUGUUGUAGAGUUGGUCAUGUUAUUGUGCUCGCAAGAAUGGCAGAAUAGUUUGCAAAAACACGCUGGACUUGCCUUUAUCGAAUUAAUUAAUGAGGGUCGUCUACUCUCCCACGCUAUGAAGGAUCACAUCGUGCGAGUUGCCAAUGAAGCGGAGUUCAUACUUAAUCGUAUGCGUGCAGAUGAUGUAUUGAAACACGCUGACUUUGAAUCACAAUGUGCGCAAACAUUGUUAGAACGCCGGGAAGAGGAACGCAUGUGUGACCACUUAAUAACUGCCGCUCGUCGACGCGACAAUGUCAUCGCUUCCCGUUUGCUUGAGAAAGUGCGUAAUAUUAUGUGCAAUCGCCACGGGGCUUGGGGUGAUUCCAGUGGUUCUGUGCAAAAGCAAACUUAUUGGAAACUAGACGCUUGGGAAGAUGACGCACGUAGACGUAAACGCAUGGUGCAAAACCCACGUGGUUCAUCACAUCCGCAAGCGACUUUAAAAGCAGCUCUUGAAAACGGUGCACCUGAAGAUGCUAUAUUGCAAACCAGAGAUGAAUUCCACACGCAAAUAGCAGUUUCGCGAGCACAUCAGUCUACACAGCACAAUGCUGACUUAUUGGAUGACGCUGAGUUACUGAUUGAAGAUCGUGAACUAGAUUUAGAUCUAACUGGUCCUGUGAAUAUAAGCACAAAAGCCAAACUCGUGGCUCCUGGCAUAGUGGCACCAGGUACUGUGUCCAUUACUAGCACUGAAAUGUUCUUCGAAGUAGAUGAAGAUCACUUGGAGUUCCAAAAAAUUGAUCCCGAAGUGUUAAAAUACUGUGAUCACCUGCAUGGUAAAUGGUAUUUUUCUGAAGUGCGUGCUAUUUUCUCGCGGCGUUACCUGCUACAAAAUGUCGCUUUGGAAAUUUUCUUGGCCAGUCGCACUUCAAUCUUAUUCGCUUUCCCCGAUCAGCACACGGUCAAAAAGGUCAUUAAAGCGCUGCCACGUGUUGGUGUUGGCAUAAAGUAUGGCAUACCACAAACUAGACGAGCUUCGAUGAUGUCGCCACGUCAGUUGAUGCGUAACUCAAAUAUGACACAAAAGUGGCAGCGCCGCGAAAUAUCGAAUUUUGAGUACUUAAUGUUCCUGAACACGAUUGCAGGGCGCACAUACAACGACUUAAAUCAAUAUCCAAUAUUCCCUUGGGUGCUAACUAACUAUGAUACAAAAGAACUGGACUUGAGUUUACCUUCGAAUUAUCGCGAUCUCUCGAAACCGAUAGGUGCAUUAAAUCCCUCUAGACGUGCAUAUUUUGAAGAAAGGUAUGAAAGUUGGGAAAGUGAUAGCAUUCCACCAUUCCACUAUGGCACACACUACUCAACCUCAAGUUUCACUCUCAACUGGCUAGUGCGUGUCGAACCAUUUACGACAAUGUUUUUAGCGCUACAAGGUGGCAAAUUUGACUAUCCAGAUAGACUAUUCUCUUCCAUUUCAUUAUCGUGGAAAAACUGCCAACGUGACACUUCGGAUGUAAAGGAACUUAUACCAGAAUGGUAUUUCCUACCCGAAAUGUUUUACAAUUCUUCCGGUUAUCGACUUGGCCAUCGUGAAGAUGGUGCACUCGUUAACGAUGUGGAGCUGCCACCUUGGGCAAAGAGUGCCGAGGAAUUUGUGCGCAUCAACCGCAUGGCCUUAGAAUCGGAAUUCGUCUCGUGCCAAUUACAUCAAUGGAUCGACAUAAUAUUUGGCUACAAGCAACGUGGACCUGAAGCUGUGCGUGCUACUAAUGUUUUCUAUUAUUUGACUUAUGAGGGCAGUGUGGACUUAGAUGGCAUAACAGAUGCAGUCAUGCGUGAAGCAGUAGAAAAUCAAAUUCGCAAUUUCGGACAGACACCAAGUCAGCUUCUGAUGGAACCACAUCCACCACGUAGUUCAGCAAUGCAUCUGUCACCUAUGAUGUUUAGUGCUAUGCCUGAUGACUUAUGUCAAAUGCUUAAAUUUUACCAAAAUUCACCGAUAAUACAUAUUUCGGCCAAUACCUAUCCGCAACUAUCGCUGCCAUCUGUGGUAACAGUAACUGCCGGUCAUCAGUUCGCAGUCAAUCGUUGGAAUUGCAACUACACCGCAUCCGUCCAGAGUCCCAGCUAUGCAGACACACCACAAACAGCAGGAUCCAAUCAGCCACUAACGGUGGAUCCAGUUUUGUCUGCACAAAACACGGGUCAUAACAAUCCAAUGAACCGUCGGCAUUUGGGCGAUAAUUUUAGUCAAAUGCUGAAAAUACGCGCCAAUUGCUUUGUGACGACUGUCGAUAGUCGCUUCCUGAUCGCUUGCGGUUUCUGGGAUAACAGCUUCCGUGUAUUUGCAACCGAAACAGCAAAAAUUGUACAAAUCGUUUUUGGUCACUUUGGAGUUGUUACUUGCUUGGCGCGCUCAGAGUGCAACAUAACCUCAGAUUGUUACAUUGCAUCUGGUUCUGCAGAUUGUACAGUAUUACUUUGGCAUUGGAAUGCGCGUACGCAGAGUAUUGUGGGCGAGGGGGAUGUGCCUACGCCACGCGCCACUUUGACAGGACAUGAACAGGCUGUGACAUCGGUUGUGAUUAGUGCAGAACUUGGUUUAGUUGUGUCUGGAUCAACAAAUGGCCCUGUACUUAUACAUACGACUUUUGGUGAUCUGCUACGUUCACUUGAUCCCCCUAUGGAUUUCUACUCACCUGAACUCAUUACCAUGUCUCGUGAGGGUUUCAUAGUUGUCAAUUAUGAUAAAGGAAAUGUUGCAGCCUACACCAUCAAUGGAAAGAAAUUAAGACAUGAGACUCAUAAUGAUAAUCUGCAUUGCAUGUUGCUCUCGCGUGAUGGUGAAUAUUUGAUGACUGCUGGCGAUAGAGGCAUUGUUGAGGUUUGGCGUACCUUUAACUUAGCUCCUUUAUAUGCGUUCCCUGCUUGUAAUGCAGCCAUUCGUUCACUGGCUUUGACGCAUGAUCAAAAAUAUCUCUUGGCUGGACUUUCGACUGGUUCUAUCAUUGUGUUCCAUAUAGACUUCAAUCGUUGGCAUCAUGAAUAUCAACAACGCUACUAAACUACUACAAUAAAAUACAGGCAAUCAAGGACUAAGUUCUAAAAGACAGAAUUGAAUUUGGUUUGGUUGUAAGCAAUACAAAUGAAUUUCCUGAAAAAAUAUGCAAUUCGUUAAUAGAGACAACCCUCAGACGUAAAAGCUAACAGACGUCUAACAGACGAAAUGUAGAAAUUGAAAUAAAGCUGGAAUAUGGAGUAUUAAAACUAGCACGAAGUACUUAAGAAACAAUUAUAUUAUAAAUUAAUGACAAGGUAGAAGUUAAAUAAUAUGUUUGUAUUUUAUUUUGAAAAUUAAGAAAAAAACAGAUCAUUUAAAGCAAAUUUUAUUGAAAUUAUAAUUUUAUUUACAAUUUUUAGGCUAGAAUUUAUGCAGUUUUCCAAACAAAAUGUUUUGUAGCGUUUAACGAUUACUUUUGUGGUCUUGAAAAUGCGCUAAAAAUAUUAUAGAAUUUAAAUUAAUUAAUUAAUUAUAAAAAUAAAAGAUAGUUUAAAACGGCGAGUACAGUUAAUUAGUAUUUAAACAUUGAGAAAAAAGUAGUAAAAAAGCAAAACAAAAAAAACAAUAAAUUGUUAAAUUAAAGCGUUUAUAAAAUGGAACUAAGCGGCCAAAAUUAGAAAAACAAAAAUCACAAAAGGUAACCCUUAAGAAAAAAUACUAAAAAAAAUUACUAAAGUAGUAGAUUUCUUAAUCUAGUAAUGUUGUUAAAGGAACGCGGGCAAUGCAGCUUAACGAAUUAUACGCUAGUCUAGUAAACGAAACAAGUUAGUCAGUUUUUUAUGCAAUGUAAAUAAAAAAUGGCGCAUUUCACUUUUAUUCAAUUUGAAGUGGUUUUUUUCUGUUUUGUUUCUCAUUUUUUAUUAAAAGUAGUAGUAAAAAUUUGAUAGCACUUUAACUGACGUCCAUUUGUGUAACAUAAUUUCUAUUAAAAUUACAAACGUCCACACAUUAACUUCUUCCUCAUAAUUCCUUUAUAUGUGUUGUAAUAAUUUUCUUAGUCAUAAUUUGCAGUUUGCUGCCUUGAAAAGGAGCAAAGUGCCAAAGCGUAAAAUAUCCCUCCUUAUAGCGAAAGUUUAGAAAUUUUAAUUUAAAAGGACUUUGUUAGUAAAAAAUAUUGCUCCAC